AUGGCUGGUCCAUCUAAUGCAAAAGGAUCAACUUACAUUCAAGUAGAUGUUCAUUACGAUGGAAUGUUUUCCCCCAUUCCUCAUCUUAUAUACUACUUGAAUCAAAAAACGUCAAUUACAGAUGUCGAUUUUGGUGGAUUAAAUUUCAAGGAGUUCAUUCAUGUUCUUGAGGAUGUCACAAAGGGGAAGUGUCCUGUUGUCUACUACUGUCUUGGGCAUAAGUCAAUGCGUGAUGGGUUGACACCACUGAAAAACGAUGAUGACUAUAGGAGGUUUCUUGAUGUUGCACAUGGUAACGAGGGAAAGAUUAAUGUAUAUAUUGAUCACUACAACGAUUCGGUGCUUGACUGGAUAGAGGAAGAAAAGGAAGAAAAAAGUGUUGAUAGUGAAAGCUCUGAUGAAGAUAAAGACUCGGUCAUGUCUGAUGCUCUAUCUGUUGAUCAUGAACCCGAUGAAGAGGUAAUACCAUUGACUAAAUCUGAUGAUCCCUUUCUUAACUAUAUUAGUGUUGUCCCUAGAGAUGAGUUUGUUGAUGAGGAUGAUGAUUCAGAUAAUGGAACCAAAGAAGCCCCAAUUUACCCUUUUCAUGACUCAACUCAGAAAUGGGAUACAAUGCAACCCAUCCUUGGUAUGAGGUUUUGUAACCCUCAAGAACUUAAACAGCUUGUCUCAAACUAUGCAGUAGCAAACGGUUUUAACCUUUGAAAGAAAAUAGUGGACAAGAGGAAACAUCUAAGGUAUUGGUAUGUAAUUCCCAGUGGAGUGCAACAAUUUGAGGUGAGCAUCUGUAGAGAACCAGGACACAACAAAAUAACAUGUCCAUUGUCCAAAGAAGGACCAAGUACUAAAGCCAAAAAGAAGAAGGGUAAACAUGUUCCUGAUGUUGAGGAUGAGUCUGAAUUUGAGAUUGAAGAGAUGGAUGAAGUUGAAAAUGAGUAUGAAUCUGAGUCUGAAUCUGAGAUUGAAGAGCUGGCUGAAGAUGGUGAUGAACCUGAUCAGGGACAAGUUGAUGAACAAGUUGUUGAAGUUGCUGUUGAACCUGCUGUUGAAGCUGUUGUUGAACCUGAUCAGGAACAAGUUCAUGGACCUGUUGUUGAGGAACCUGCUGCACAACCCGUUGUUGAAGUUGAACAAAGAGCACAACCAUUGAAGAGGAAAAGGAAAUACUCAGAGAGGAUCACUGAAGUGGCAUUAAGGAGGGUGGUCAUCACCAAGGAUGGAUGUGGUUUAAGUGUGAAUAAACCUGUUACACUGGAAUGA